UUUACCUGUGUGAGUCAAAUCCCUAGUCAACGAGUAUGUAAUAAUUUACAAAUAGUUAUAUUUUUUAGAAAUGUUUCGGUUAAUAUUGGGCGCGGUUGUGGUAUUUUUUGUUUUUGUGGAUCCUAAAAAAGUAAUAUGUCAAGAAAAUGAAGCUAAUCUUGAAGAUAUUCGAGCUAAGCUUACGGAAGCAUUAGUGUCUCACAAAAAGUGCCUAACCGACACUGACUGCUUUGAAAAUUCCUUUUGUUAUGGUAAUGACAAUCAAAAACUUGGUUUAUGUAAAUGCCUCUAUGGUUGGGAGAUGUUAUUUAGAAAUAGAACCUAUUAUAUGUGCCUUAAAUUUGCUAAUUAUGGUGAAAACUGUGUCUUAGAUAUUCAAUGUCAAGGAUAUUUAGGCACUCAGGGACUAUGUGACAAUGGAAUCUGUGCCUGCACCAACAACAGUUUUAAAUAUCCUUGGGAUGGGAUGUGCUACCAAAGAGUAUUGCUAGGUGAUAUCUGCAAAGCCAGCGCAAGCUGUAUGUUAGACGAUAAUAGUUACGGAGUUUGUAAGGAUAGUCGGUGCCGUUGCUACUUAGGUCUCAGACCUUCUUUGGAUCAAAGGCAGUGUAUUGAUGCAAGGAAUUUAGGAGAAGACUGUACCGAUGACAUACAAUGUUCCUUUACAGACAACAGUGUAUGCAUGGAGAUAUGUCGCUGUAAGAUGGGAUAUGUAGUCAGUAGAAAUGAAAGUACUUGUCUUAAAGCUGCCAAGAAGUUCUAUGAUCCCUGCUCCGAGAAUGAUCAGUGCUCUGAGUUUUUACAGGACAGCAUCUGUAUUAAUGGAAAUUGUUCUUGCCAAAGUGGCUAUCAUAGUUACGGAGAUAAAUGUGUAAAAUCAGCCAAUAUUGGACAAGCUUGUGGGAGUGCUGCACAGUGUCUUCCUAGUGCUUCUAGUACUUUGAGGUCUAACUCCAUAGUAGACUGUAUCGAAGGCGUAUGCCAAUGUUUAGUAGGGAGUUCAAAUCAGAACGAAACAUUUGGAUGUAAUGUUAAUGAAGCUGACAUAAAAAGACUGAAUAUGUUUAUGUAUUUAUUUUGUUUAAUAUUAAUAACAAUUAUAAAUACCUAUAGAUAUAGUUAACAACUAUUAGGCUUUAUCAACACGGAAUAGUUCAAAUUGAAGUGGUCCUGACAUUUUUGUAUUUAAUAACUAUAAGACAUUUUUUUUUAAAUAUAUAACUUUUUUUUAUA